AUGAGCGAACAAGAAAGAGUAGAAAGAAAAAUGGAAAAAUUCUCAUUCGGAGAAUUUAAUAAGGACAAACAAGAAAUGGAAGAAUAUUUGUUUCAAUUUGAGAGAAUGUGUAAGGUAAAAGGACUUGGAAGUGAAGCGGUAAUACAAACAGAAGCAAGGAAAAAUCUAUUGUUGGCUUAUAUGGGAGCAAACACGUUAGUGGAUAUAAGAAAUCAUUUUUUCCCUAAAAAUAUAGAUGAAUGUUCAUAUAAAGAGAUAGUGGAAGGUUUAAAUACGGUAUACAAGCCGAAAGAAAAAUUAUUUGCAGCAAGAAUAAAAUUUGAACAAGCAGUAAGAUUAGAUGAGGAGUCAUUUCGUAAUUUUGCCACAAGAUUAAAGGAUUUAAAUAGACAUUGUCAAUACGCGAAUGCAUUGGAUGAAAGAUUAAGAGAUAGAUUUGCAGGAGAUUUAAGACAUAUUACGGCAAUCAGAGAAAUAAGAACAAGGUGGCCGUCAGGAAAAUAUAAAGAAGAUCCAGUAUCAUUUCAAAAAGUAGUAGAUUUGGCAAUUGCGAUUGAAACGGCAGAAACAGAAACACAGGAAAUAGAUGUAACGAUACAUAAGAUAAAAAGAAAACAAGACAAAGAAAGAUGGCAAAGAGAAAAAGAAGAAUGUGGGAGAUGUGGACGAAAACAUAUACCACCAGAAUAUAAGUGUCCGGCGCAAGGAGUGGAAUGCUACGAAUGUAAAGGAAGAAAUCACUUCGCGAGAAAGUGUUUAAGUAAGAAAAACAAGCAAUACAGAAGUAGGAGGCAAACAAAGAAAGUAAAUUUAGAAGAAGAGGAAUCACCAGAUCAAGAAACAGAGGAGGAAGAAUUUGAAUUACAUAAAAUAAACGCAAUAGUGAAUGGAAGAAAGAAAGCGACAAUUAAUGUUAGAAUAAAUAAUAAGUUAAUAAAAAUGGAAUAUGAUUCAGGAGCAGGAGUGACAACGAUUAUAAAAGAAGUAUGGGAGAGUGUAGGAAAACCAAGAUUAAUACUAGGAAGAACAAAAGUAAAAGUAGAGUGCAAAGGAAAAGUAAAAAUACUGAGAGCAGUAGUGGUAGAUGUGAAAGAUGAAUCAUUAUUCGGUUUGCCAUGGAUAUUGGCAUUUAAAUUACCACUACCGAAAGAAGUGAGAAUUAACAAAAUAAAAGAAGAGAAAGAAAAGAAAAUAGAGAAGGCACGUUUAAAACGAGAAAAGCCGAGUAUUAUACUAAAAGAUACAGCCACACCAAGGAAAUGGGAAGCAAGGAGAGUAGCAUUUCCUAUGAGACAACCAGUAGAAGCAGAAUUGGAGAGGUUGACGCAGAUGGGAGUCAUUGAAAAAGUGGAUCCAAUCAAUACAGAGAUAAUAACGUGGGCAACACCAACGGUAAAUGUACAAACAACAAAGGGAAGAGUAAGAAUAUGCGGAGAUUUUAAGUUAACAUUAAAUGAAUAUUUAAAAUCAGAUUCGCAUACAAUGCCUACAUUUGAAGAUUUACUGGAGAAAAUAGCAGGUGGAGAAAGAUUUUCAGUAAUAGAGUUAAAAGAUGCUUAUUUACAGAUGAAAGUAGAAGAAAAAUCAAAGGAUUUAUUAAUUAUUGUAACUCAUAUAGGAUAUUACCGAUUCAAAAGGUUACCAUUUGGAUUGGCGGUGGCACCAAUGAUAUUCCAAAGAUUCAUUGAUGAGUUAUUGCAAGGUAUCCCUAAUAUGGGGAAGUUACUGGAUGACAUUAUUGUGUCAGGUAAGACAGAGGCACAACAUAUAAAAAAUUUAAAAGAAGUGCUAAGGAGAUUGCAAAAGGCAGGAUUAAGGACGCAGAAAAAGAAAGUACAAUUAUUACAAGAAUCAGUAAAUUAUUUAGGUCAUAGAUUAGAUAGAGAGGGGGUACACCCGUUAGAAGAAAAGAUUAAACCGAUAAAAGAAAUGCCAUCACCACAGUCAAAGAAACAGUUAAAAUCUUUUUUAGGUGCAGUAUCAUUUUAUGAUAGAUUUAUUCCUCAUUUACAUGAGAAAUGCAAUAAAUUAUAUGAUAUGAUAAGUUCAAAAAGUAAAUGGAAAUGGACAGACGAAGAAGAAAAAAGAUUUAAAGAAAAAAACCAGUUAUAUGUAAUUGAGUGUGAUGCAUCGGAAGAAGGAUGUGGAUCAGUACUAUUACAGCCAGAUGAAAAGGAGAGGGAAAGACCAGUGGCCUUUGCGUCAAGAAAAUUUAAAGAAGCAGAAAAGAAUUAUGCAGCGAUUGAUAAAGAAGCAUUAGCAAUAAUAUAUGCAAUUAAGCAAGAAAAAUGGGAGGAGUUACAAAUAUCGCCAGAAGAGUUGCAGGAGCUAUCGGAAAAGGAUAUAAUAAUAGGAAACGUAGGAAGAUGGGUACAGACACAAUGGCCAAAGAUGGUAGAGAAAGAAUAUCAAGCAUAUGCUAGAAGGAAAGAAGAAUUAUCGGUACAGGAUGGAGUUUUAUGGUGGUUAGGAAGAAUGUGCAUACCAGAGAAGAUGAGAGAUAAGGUAUUCACACGUUUACAUGAAGGACAUCCAGGAAUAAAUGCCAUGAAAGGAAUUUGUCGACACUACGUAUGGUAG